UUUAGCGCCAACUCCAAUUUUUGACUAUUUCCUUCCACGCAUCCCACUCACCUCGUAACCGUCGCACAUAACUGCCAAUUCAAACACUUUUUCCCUCCUUUAUUAAUCAUCACUCUCAUUUUCCCAUCUCAUCAACUCUGCUGCUUUACAAUUUCAGUCAAUCAAUGGCUUCCUCUGCUUUGAAAAGCUGCUUCCUCUUCAUCUUCUUCUCCGCCUCCGUGGUCGCCGGCUUCCAGUUCGACGUUGGCGGCAAAACCGGGUGGAUGAAACCCACCGGCAAGGAACCGGAGAGCUACAAUCAAUGGGCCGCCGUCAACAGAUUCCACAUCGGAGAUACACUUUACUUCAAGUACCAAAACGACUCGGUUCUGGUCGUCACCGCCGCCGAUUACUUGAACUGCAACACCUCCAAUCCCAUCUCCAAUUUCCGAGACGGCCCCACGGUUUUUGAGUUCGACCGCUCCGGCUUCUUCUACUUCAUCAGCGGCCGCCUCGACCACUGCAGAUCGGGCCAGAAGCUCAUCAUCCGCGUCAUGCAUCCGUCUGAGGCGCCCUCGCCCUCCCCUGCGGCCGGAGACGGAGGCUCCGACUGGGCGCCGCCGGCCGUCAAUUCCACCACCAAAAUCGCCCUCGUUUCCUACUACAUGACUGCCUUCGCAGGGCUUCUUGCCAUCUUCUACUUCUUCGCGUAGUCAUCGCUUAGGUUUCAUUCAUUUGUUGCUAGAUUAUGUUUAUUGAUAGGAUUGUUACUUUUUUCAAACAAAUUAUUACUAUUAUCGUUUUACGGUUGCUGGUUGAUUCAAAUUAAAUGAUAGACUUGAUUUCA